AUGGUGGAAAUCAAGUACCGUGCCUCGUGUGAUAGCUGCCUGCGCUCCAAGGUCAAGUGUAGCCAGACAAAACCGGCCUGUUCACGUUGCACUCAACAUGGUCACCAGUGUGUCUAUAGUCAGUACCGUAAGAUCGGUCGUCCAUCGCACAAGACACUGGCGGAACAAAGGAAACGCAAGAAACCUAAUCUGCAUCAACAGUCGCCCGUCGUCGCACAACCAGACGACUCCACGGUUCAAGAUUGUGUUCAUCUGGACGCCAUUCCAGCUCUUGACCCGGGGGAUACGACUGCUGCCAGUUCCGACGUCUUCGAUAUCCACGCAGAAAUCUCAUUGCCCUGCGAUUCUUCGGUAUUUAACAUGUCGGCCUCCGAACAGCUGGACUGGACGGAUCUGGAUAACUUGCUCAAAUCAUCAACGACGCUUCAACCCCCGGAGGAUGCUAUGUCAAUUAGCCUCUCAAAUGAUGAUCAUUGCUCCCCUCAAGCCGGUAUCGGUAACUUCACUGGCAACAUUCCACAAUCGCCAAGAGCUGUUCUAGAAAAUAGCCAACUGCAACAGUCGGAACCGUUUGCCCGUCGUCGAAUACCCUCUACACCGCGGGAUCGUGUGCUUCCGAAUCGCCACCACUCCGAUUUUUCAGAGAGCGUCCUCUCAAUUCAUCAGGCUCGGUCGUCCGAGUAUCAUCAGAUGUUACUAACCCGAACUCCAACAUCCAAGAAAUCCUCGCUUUCUAUAUUCCGACCGAAUAAUUUCCCCGCCUAUCCCUCCUCGUUUGACACCCGUUGUACCCUGCAGUGUCACGCCAGUCUCGCCAACCAGCUUGCUUAUAUUACAGAAUGCCAGGCCAGCAAAUCGGAGCUUGCCUUCGAUACCCUUCUUAAUCUCGAUGACAACAUUUGUAUGGAGCGGAUUCGAAUACUGUCUUGUCCAUCUUGUAUGGAGAAGUCUUGCCGCGCCCAAACACUCAUGCUCCUUACCAUGGUAGUGGGGAAUCUUCUCAAUCUCUUCGAGAACAAUAUUGGCAGCCGAAACAACAGUGAGAGAGGGAGCAGGGACACCGGCAACAGCAACAAACCCUCCCCAUUUCUUUAUACGCCGCGGUCGCUGACCAUCGGCGACAUCACGGUCGAUGACACAAUUAAAGCAGCAUUAUCGCUACGCCUUUUGCGCACAUAUCUCGAAGAGCAAGUGGAGACCGUGACACAUCUUGAUCAUCUGCGCCUCGAGGCUGAGGAUAAGGAUGUUGGUUUCAAAGUCACAGGAGACUUAGUGGGAGAUGUACGUCGGAGGGCGAGAUAUCUUCUUGGAAUCGUGGUCUUUGCCCAUGGGACCGACCCGGUUUCUGUUACUCGGGUCGUAGCGCUGGAUUCGAACUCGCAAAAUUGA